AUGGCUAACAGAGUAACCGUUUUCGUGGCUAUUGCCAUGCUUGUGAUUGGAGUUUCGGAGACGAGCUUAGUGAAUCAAAAUCGAAGACUAUUUGAUUAUGAUCAGAUUGAUUUAAGCGCCAUUAGUACGGAUGACGAACAGUGCAGUGCCGACAUGAAAGCUGUUGUUGAGGCAUUAAAAACCAGAAGUCCUUGGGCCUUGAAAAUGCUCGAUUCAUGGGGAUCUUUUCCCUCCGGCGUUUUGUACGGAACAUUCUAUGAUCUAGGAAACUUUGAUGAGUGCCUGAAUGUUCAUCAAGAGAUUAGUGGCUCUCAAACGAUCCUGGGAAAGUACUGCUUUAUGGGGAUUCCCAUCAAGGACGCAACUGAAAUCGAAGCUCUGCAAUCCAUGCAGAUCAAGAUAGCCACAUGUUUUCCCGCCUCGUGCUCGGGUCCGCAAAUGGAAUCCUUUGCCAAGCAGUUUUAUCAAAUAAUGUUUAAUAUUACCGAGAGUAGUAUUGGCUUAAAUAUUGAUGAAUCUGGGUGCCAGACCAGCGAGUCUGAGCCCUGGGAUGGUCUGACUAUUUUUACAGUUGUAUUUUUGUCGCUUCUAACUUUGAUUGUCGCUAUCUGCACCUUGUACGACUAUUUUCUGUGUAACGAUCAAAAAAAGCUUCCCCUAUUAGUGAAGAUUAUCUCGGCUCGGGCCAACUCUCGAGCCCUUUUCCGCGUUUCGGACACCAGCUCCAAUCCGAAUGUUAUUGACUGUCUCCAUGGCAUUCGUUGCAUGUCACUAAUCUGGGUGGUGUACCUCCACGAGCACAUGUACAGCCUGAUAUCCCCCAAUAUUAAUUUCACCUAUGCGAUUUCGUGGCUGGAAAAACCCAUGGGGAGCUUUUUCCAGCAUGGUUACUUCUCAGUGGAUACCUUUUUGUUUAUUGGCGGCUUGCUCGUUUCAAUGACUGCCUUGCGGACUAUGGAAAAGACCAAGGGAAAACUGAAUGUGCCGAUGAUGUACUUGCAUCGCGUCAUUCGCAUCUGGCCUGUCCUGGCCAUGGCCAUACUCAUUUACGUAAAGAUGAUGCCUGUGCUGAGUGGGGGACCCCUGUUCAAGAGUGGCUUUCAUGGCAAAGAGGCUUGCAUAAAUGGCUGGUACUGGGACCUGAUUUUCGUACAAAAUUAUGCAACGCAGGAUGUGUGUCUGGAUCAAUCCUGGUAUCUGGCUGUUGAUAUGCAGCUCUAUGUCUUAUCCCCCCUUUUGCUGAUCGCUCUCUACAAAUGGGGCAAGAAAGCAGCCUUUGGAAUUAUUGUUCUUGUGGCGCUCCUACUGUGCUGCCUGUUUGCCACUCAGAUGGUUAACCAUUAUACAGUAUUUAAUAAACUUGCAGGUGAUGAUCCUGAGGCCAAUCAAAAGUUAUACCUGGCCACCCAUACGCACUGUGCUCCCUGGCUGAUUGGAUUCUUGUUUGGCUACUUUUUGCACGCAAACCGUGGUAGAAAGUUUGAGCUUAGCUGGAAAAUGGUUUGGUUGGGUUGGAUCCUUUGCCUGGCCAUGAUCUUCACCUCAAUCUUCGCCCUAUAUCCUGCUGGCAGAAGUGGUGCUCCACCUUUGUCAACAGCAGAAGAAUCCCUGUACUAUACCCUCUCGCGGUUAGGUUGGCCACUAGCUGUGGGCUGGGUGGUUUUUGCCUGCAUCCAAGGAUACGGCAGCUUAGCCAAAAGUUUCUUGUCCUCCCCCUUUUGGCAGCCACUCUCAAGGCUUUCUUAUUCGGUCUACAUCUGGCACAUGUUCAUUCAGGAAGUCAACAGUAGAAAUGUGAGGACAAGCACCUAUUUCUCAGGUUAUACUGUGAUGAAAAACUUCUGGUCAGACUUCGGCAUCAGCCUGGUGAUGUCCUAUGUAUUGUUUCUCGUAAUCGAGGCUCCAAUCGGUGGACUGGAUGCGCUCUGGAGACCCCACACAAAUCCAAAGCCUAGUCAGCCUACCCUGACAUCAGUGGAGACCCAAAAACCCUCAACAGAAGGCAAUAAAAUCGAAAGUCUCGAACGAACUACUUAGAAUUACUUUACAU